GUUCGACAGUCGUUCUUCUAAACAGUGCUUGUAAAACGUGCUACGAAUAAUGGCGCCGACGGCAUAUACCACCAGUGAGUUAAACGAAGAACCGAUCUCAAGAACGUAUCAGUACCGGAAAGUGAUGAAACCGAUGUUAGAGAGAAAAAGACGAGCCAGGAUAAACCGUUGUUUAGACGAAUUAAAAGAGUUGAUGGUGACAGCCCUUCAAAACGACGGAGAAAACGUUUCGAAAUUGGAAAAAGCUGAUAUUUUAGAACUAACUGUGAGGCAUUUACACAAUCUCAAGAGCCACCACCAGUUAGUACUACCACCCGAACAGUCUUACGCUGAUCGAUUUAGAGCUGGCUUCACUCAAUGUGCUCAGGAAGUUACUCACUUCAUCACAACACCUUCGGAAAUCAUAGAUCCUUCGGCUGGAAGAAAAUUGCUGCAACAUUUGGGAGCUUGCGUGAGGCAAUUGGAUUACGUGUCUCAUAACUUCAAUAUCCAGUAUUCCCAAAAGUGUGGUUCCCCUCAAGGUUCUCCUACAUCUAAGUUGAAAUGUUCUACUGCUUCGCAAGUUUCAAUGUGGAGGCCCUGGUGAAAAGACUGUUAUUUUUAUGUUAAUGUAGUGAUGUUUGUGAUUUUUUGUAAGUAGUUUUGUGUUUCGUAGUUUUUUAAGAAUAAUUCUUUUUAUCAACAGAAAAUUUGUUACAAUAUUAACUUGAAAAAAUAAUUAUCUAUUUUUUACAAUAUUUUAACAAAUAUUUCCAGAUAACCUUUAUAUCUGUUUGUCUUCCUUUUUUUCUUAAUAUUAGCACCAUAAAUUUUUUUUCUUAAAUACAAAAAGGAAUACUGAAUGGAAAAUUCUUUUGUUGGAAUAUUUGCUUGAUGCGUAUAGUACUUUUAGCUUUAAUUCUGUGAUAAUAGUAAUAAGAAAAGCCAGGUUAUAUUGUUACAUAUCUCAGUUGACAUACAUAUAUUGUUAAAGUUGGAUUUAGGUUAGAGAAAACGAUUUAACAUUUAACAAAGUGGCAAUAUUAAUUUAAAUAAACUCUGUGGAACUAAAUCCAAUUUGUUCUAAUUGUAUUUGAAUAAAAUAAACUAAUUUUUAC